AUGGCAGAGGUGGCGCUGGCUGUGGCUGGCGUGCGGGCUGGUUUACAGUUGGUGGUAUCUCCAAUCUUAAAGAAGCUCCUAACUGACCCUGCAAGGUGUCUUGGUGUGGACAUGGUGAGUGAGCUCCAUGAACUGGAGACCAACAUCAUGCCGCAGUUCGCUCUACUGGUUGAAGCAGCUAACAGGAGCCCUCACAGGCCAAUGUUGAACAAAUGGGUCCAGCAGCUCAAAGACGCCUUCUGUAAAGCUGAGGACCUGCUAGAUGAGCAUGAGUACAACAUCCUCAAGCGAGAAGCAGAGAAGGGGAAGGAAUGUAUGCCGGAGCAUGCAUCUUCCAGUAAUACUAUUAUGAAGCAUGUGCGUACUGCGUCGAGCAGGCUGUCCAAUCUGCGCCCAAAGAACAAACGGCUGCUUCACCAGUUGAAAGAACUGAAGGCCAUCCUGGAGAAAGCCAAGGACUUCCGUGAAUUGCUUUGCUUGCCUGCCGGUAAUAGUGCUGAGGCCUCUGCAGUACCAACACCUGUUGUUCUAGUUGUCACAUCAAUGGUACCUCAGAAAGUGAUUGGUCGUGACAAGGAUCGGGAUGAUAUCAUAGAUCUUCUUACCAAGCCAAUUGCUCUUGAGUCUGAUACAAGUAGGUAUUCUGGUCUAGCCAUUGUUGGACUUGGAGGCAUGGGAAAAUCGACCUUGGCGCAGCAUGUUUACAAUGACAAGAGGGUAAAAGAACAUUUUGAGGUCAGGAUGUGGGUAUGCAUCUCACGCAGACUUGAUGUUGACCGCCACACGCGGUUGAUAAUUGAAUCAACAACAAAGGGAGAGUGCCCACGCAUUGAUAAUCUUGAUACUCUACAGUGCAAAUUAACAGACAUACUGCAAAAUCCAAACAGAUACCUUCUUGUGUUGGAUGAUGUCUGGUUUGAAGAAAACACCAAUGAGAUGGAGUGGGAGAAACUAUUGUCUCCUCUAGUAUCUCAACGAAUGGGAAGCAAAGUUUUGGUAACUUCUCGGUCAGAUAUACUGCCAGCUCCUCUUUGCUGUAAUGAAACUAUUCAUUUGAAAAUCUGGAAGACACCGAUAUCUUAG